ACUCCUGUUCUAUCAAUUCCUUCGUCUGUCAAAAUUGUACCCAAAGUACAAAAGUCUUUGCAAGUUUUUGUCGAAAAUGAUGCGAUUUGUGCUGGCAGGUUGUCUGCUCUUCUUCGUAGCUCUUCGAGAAACAUCAGCGGACAAUGCAACGAUUCCUGUCGUACUCUGGCAUGGAAUGGGUGACAGCUGUUGCAAUCCACUGAGUAUGGGGUCCAUCAAAUCUAUGGUGGAAAAAUUAAUUCCUGGGAUUUAUGUCCGAUCAUUGAUGAUUGGCAGCAAUGUUAUAGAGGACACUGAGAAUGGAUUCCUCAUGAAUGUGAACAAACAGGUUGACAUGGUUUGUCAAAAAUUGUUGUCAGAUGAUAAACUUAAAAAAGGUUACAAUGCUAUGGGAUUUUCACAAGGCGGGCAAUUUCUCCGAGCAGUUGCUCAAAGAUGUCCUUCUCCUCCAAUGCUGAAUCUUAUUAGUUUUGGUGGCCAGCAUCAAGGUGUUUUUGGACUACCUCACUGCCCUGCUUCGAAUUCAACUCUCUGCGAAUAUGUCCGUAAAUUACUUGACUAUGGCGCUUACAUAAGCUGGAUUCAAGAUCAUAUCGUUCAAGCCGAAUAUUGGCAUGAUCCCCUGAAAGAGGAGGAAUAUAAGGCAAAGAGUGUAUUCUUGGCCGACAUCAAUCAAGAAAAGGAGAACAAUCCAAAAUACAAAGAAAAUCUCAUGAAACUGAAAAAUUUUGUCAUGGUCAAAUUUUUACAAGACACAAUGGUGAUUCCCAAGGAAUCUGAGUGGUUUGGCUAUUACAAACCAGGUCAAGACAAGGAGCUUUACACCUUGCAGGAAAGUCCGCUUUACCAGGAGGACUUGCUCGGUUUGAAAGAAAUGGAUAUGGCAGGAAAACUACACUUCCUUGGAGCUGAUGGGGAUCAUUUGCAGUUCUCCCAGGAAUUUUUUGAGACCAAGAUUCUGCCAUUUUUGAAGUGAGUAGAAAAGCUCAAGACAUUAAACAAAUCACAUAGGCAUGUUACCUGGAAGACUGAGCCAUUCAUAAGUG